AUGGACAAGCACGACCGGCCAUACAAAUGUCGGGAGCCAGGCUGUGAGAAGCUCCUCGGCUUCACCUACUCAGGCGGACUGCUGCGACAUCAGCGCGAAGUGCACAAGAUGCACGGCGGCACGAAAGAGGCCUUGUUCUGCCCAGUCAAAGAGUGCAAGCGGAGUUCAGGUCCUGGCUUCACGAGGAAAGAGAACUUGAACGAGCACAUGCGGCGAGUGCAUCGGAGAGCUUCGGGCUCGUCUGAACCUACGGCGCGGAAAGAAGGCCCGGAAGUGGAAGCUGAGCAUGAGCAGUCGGAGGCGCCGUCGACGGACGCGCCUACGCCGGGGGAGUUCCGCACUGUCAACAACGUACCUGCGACCGGCAAGCGAAAACGAGCGUUCCCUACGGCGGAGCAGGGCAUCGACACGGACGAAGCGAGCUCAGAAGUGGAGAUCAAGCGUCUCAGGCUUGAGACGGAAAGCAGAGACGAGAGGAUACGGCAGUUGGAGGACGAGAAUGCAAGGCUCAAGGCGAGGCUGGAUUACCUCGAAGACCUGAUGGCGGCAAGACCGCAGUGA